AGUUAUAACAAACAUUUUUCAUUUGACCUGUCGAUGUGUUCUUCCAGCAAGAGCUUUACGAUCUGUUUCCCGUUCUAAGCUGAGAUGUAUCUUUGGAAAGGUUGUAAGUUUGAAGAAGUUGUUCUGCUGAGUUUGUGUUUAUACUGCUACUUUUUAUUCGCUACUGCUUUGAUCACUGAUCCCACUGAAGUUGAGGCGUUAAGAAUCAUAAAAGUAAGUUUGAUCGAUAUUAAUGGAAAUUUGAGCAACUGGGAUGGUGGAGAUCCAUGUACAUCUAACUGGACAGGAGUCAUGUGCUCCGAUACAACAUUAGUCGAUGGCUAUCUACAUGUUAAACAACUGCAUUUACUGAACAUGAACUUGUCUGGAAAUUUGGCACCAGAGAUUGGCCGCUUAUCUUAUCUGGAAGUGUUGGACUUUAUGUGGAAUGACAUAACUGGGAGUAUACCAAAGGAAAUUGGCUUUAUCAAUCCUUUGAAACUGUUACUCCUAAAUGGAAAUCAAUUAACUGGUGAGUUGCCAGAAGAACUUGGCUUUCUUCCAUUCCUGAUUCGAUUGCAAAUAGAUCAGAACAAUAUCACAGGACCUAUACCUUUAUCAUUUGCAAAACUGAACACCACUGUACAUUUUCACAUGAACAACAAUUCACUUAGUGGGCAAAUACCACCACAACUUUCCAGCUUAGGAAGCCUUCUUCACCUUCUUCUUGACAACAACAACUUUACAGGAGAUCUUCCCUCUGAGCUCUCUCAGAUGCCAAGCUUAAAGAUUCUUCAACUUGAUAACAACAACUUUGGUGGAAAUAGCAUUCCAAGCUCUUAUGCAAACAUGUCAAAAUUGAUAAAACUGAGUCUUAGGAACUGCAACUUGCAAGGACCAAUCCCUGAUUUGAGCACGAUACCACGCCUUACGUAUCUUGACCUCAGUUUGAAUCAGCUGAAUGAAUCAAUUCCAACUAAUAAGCUUUCAGACAAUAUCACAACCCUUGAUUUAUCAAACAAUAAUCUUAUUGGAACUAUUCCAUCCUACUUUUCUGAUCUUCCACGUCUUCAAAAGCUGUCAAUUGCAAACAAUUUACUGAACGGAAGUGUUCCUUCUACCAUUUGGCAGGACAGGACUUUAAAUGGAUCAGAAAUGCUUCGCUUGGACAUGCAAAAUAAUCAACUUACAAGCAUAUCAGGAAGUACAAAUCUUCCUCCAAAUGUCACCCUCUGGCUUGAGGGAAAUCCUAUGUGCUCAAAUAAUAACACCUUAGCUCAGUUCUGUGGAUCUAAAAGUGAUAGUAGCGUCAAUGGUAACUUCAGUGUUAGCUGUCCCACCCAAGCAUGCCCCCCUCCCUAUGAAUAUACUGUGGACUGUUUCUGUGCUGCCCCCUUGGUUGUUAACUAUCGAUUAAAAAGUCCAGGAUUUUCAGAUUUCCGCACUUACAUGAAUGCAUUUCAGAGCAUGAUGUCAAGGGGUCUUAAAAUACGUAUUGAUCAGUUCUAUAUUCAAAAAUUUGAAUGGGAAGAAGGUCCUCGUUUGGGAAUGCACUUGAAGCUUUUUCCUUUGUAUGUUGAUAAUAACAGCUCUCAUGUUUUCAAUACAAGUGAGGUUCUUCGGCUCAGAAACUCGUUCUUAGACUUUGAUCUUCCAACCAAUGAUUUGUUCGGACCUUUUGAGCUUCUAGACUUCAUUCUGCUGGAUCCUUACAGGGAUGUGAUUGUUACCUCUCCAAGUUCAGGGAUCAGCAAAGGAGCACUGGCUGGAAUAGUCUUGGGUGCAAUUGCCUUUGUAGUUACUUUUUCUGCAAUUGUUACUAUUCUCGUUCUGAGAAUACGUUUGAGAGAUCAUCCUACACCUUCCAAACGGGCAAAAGCAUCUAGGAUCCCAAUAAAAAUUGAAGGUAUAAGAUCAUUUAACUACGAAGACAUGGCUGGCGCUACGAACAAUUUUAGUGACUCAGCUCGAAUUGGACAAGGUGGGUAUGGGAGGGUUUUCAAAGGUCUUCUUCCUGAUGGCACUGUUGUUGCCAUAAAGCGUGCACAGGAGGGUUCCCUGCAGGGUGAGAAGGAGUUUCUUACAGAAAUAGAAUUGCUAUCAAGGCUACAUCACCGCAACCUUGUCUCUCUGAUUGGAUACUGCGAUGAAAAGGGUGAACAGAUUUUGGUUUAUGAGUACAUGCCAAACGGAACGCUAAAGGAUCACCUCUCGAUUUAUUCAGAAAAACCUCUUAGUUUUUCAAUGAGGUUGAAGAUUGCUCUAGGAUCAGCUAAAGGUCUUCUGUAUCUACACACGGAAGUAGAUCCUCCAAUAUUCCACCGAGAUGUCAAGGCCACCAAUAUAUUAUUGGACUCCAAGUUCACUGCGAAAGUUGCUGACUUCGGACUUUCACGACUUGCCCCUGUCCAAGAUACAGAAGGAAACGUGCCUGGUCACGUAUCUACUGUUGUAAUGGGGACUCCGGGUUAUAUCGAUCCAGAGUACUUCUUAACUCACAAAUUGACUGACAAGAGUGAUGUUUAUAGUCUUGGUGUUGUAUUUCUAGAACUUGUGACUGGGAGGCCAGCAAUCUUUCAUGGCGAAAAUAUUAUUAGACAGGUUAUUAUGGCAUACGAAUCUGGUGGAUUGUUUUCAGUUAUUGAUAAACGGAUUGGGUCUUAUCCUUCAGAAUACGUGGAGAAGUUUGUGACGUUGGCCUUAAAGUGUUGCAAAGAUGCACCAGACGAGCGACCUAAAAUGGCAGAAGUGGUUAGAGAGAUCGAAAACAUGUGUUCAAUGUUACCAGAGACGAACGAUGUGGAAGCAGAGCAUGGGAGAAGUGGUUAUGGAAGAAUAAUAUCCAGUUCACAACCUUCAUCAUCGACUAGCAGGACUCCUUUUGUUUCAGAAGAUGUGUCUGGUAGUGACCUUGUCAGUGGAAAGAUACCCACCAUUAGGCCUAGAUAAAACUUCAAAAUCAUCAGCUAUCUUCAACAAUGAACCCAUCACAUGUACUAUAUAUCACAGUCAUAUUUUUGUUGAUGUUUUUCUGUAUUACCUAUUUUAAGGUUAAUUGACAGUGAACUGUUUGCAAGGAA